AUGCAAAGACCAUUUCUACUCGCUUAUUUGGUUCUUUCACUACUGUUUAGCUCAGCUUUGGGUUAUCCAACUGAACUAGUCCCAAGGGGAUCCUCCGGGGGAACUAGUUGUAAUUCUAUCGUUAAUGGCUGUCCCAGUUUAGAUUUCAACUGGCACAUGAACCAACAAAAUAUCAUGCAAUAUACUUUGGAUGUGACUUCUGUUUCUUGGGUUCGUGACAACACAUACCAAAUUCAGAUUCAUGUUAAAGGUAAAGAAAACAUUGACUUGAAAUAUCUAUGGUCUUUGAAAGUAAUUGGUGUCAACGGUCCAAAAGGAACCGUCCAGCUGUACGGUCACAAUGAAAAUACCUAUUUGAUUGACAAUCCAACUGACUUUACUGCUACCUUCGAAGUUUACGCUACUCAGGAUGUCGACAGUUGUCAAGUAUGGAUGCCUAACUUCCAAAUUCAAUUCGAAUACUUGCAAGGUAGUGCCGCUCAAUACGCAAGUAGUUGGAAAUGGGGUACCACAUCUUUUGAUUUGUCUACUGGUUGUAACAACUAUGACAACCAAGGCCACUCUCAAACAGAUUUCCCCGGUUUCUAUUGGAACAUAGAUUGUGACAAUAACUGCGGUGGUUCAAAAGCAUCUACCACUAAAGAAACAUCUACAUCAACCACCGCUCCCGUUACACCAACCACCACUACAUCAGAAUCUUCCUCUCAGAAAACUACCUGCACUAAGAAGAAGACUACCUGUACCAAGAAGAAACCCACCAAGUCUAAGACGUGUACUGAGAGUUCUUCUACUCCAGUAACCAGCUCUACCACUGAAAGCUCUUCUACUCCAGCUCCAACCCCAUCCAGCUCUACUACUGAAAGCUCUUCUACCCCAGCUCCAACCCCAUCCAGCUCUACUACUGAAAGCUCUUCUACUCCAGCACAAACUUCAUCCAGCUCUUCUACUGAAAGUUCUUCUACUCCAGUAACCAGCUCUAUUACCGAAAGUUCUACUACAACACCAACUACUCCAAAUACACCAACUCCAGUACCUUCUGGACCAACCUGUACCACUGUUGUUAACGGUUGUCCCAGUUUAGAUUUCAACUGGCACAUGAACCAACAAAAUAUCAUGCAAUAUACUUUGGAUGUGACUUCUGUUUCUUGGGUUCGUGACAACACAUACCAAAUUCAGAUUCAUGUUAAAGGUAAAGAAAACAUUGACUUGAAAUAUCUAUGGUCUUUGAAAGUAAUUGGUGUCAACGGUCCAAAAGGAACCGUCCAGCUGUACGGUCACAAUGAAAAUACCUAUUUGAUUGACAAUCCAACUGACUUUACUGCUACCUUCGAAGUUUACGCUACUCAGGAUGUCGACAGUUGUCAAGUAUGGAUGCCUAACUUCCAAAUUCAAUUCGAAUACUUGCAAGGUAGUGCCGCUCAAUACGCAAGUAGUUGGAAAUGGGGUACCACAUCUUUUGAUUUGUCUACUGGUUGUAACAACUAUGACAACCAAGGCCACUCUCAAACAGAUUUCCCCGGUUUCUAUUGGAACAAAGAUUGUAGUGAAAACUGCGGUAAAUCAUCAAGUAAAAUUCCUUCCAGCUCUACUCCGGCUCCAACUCCAUCCAGCUCCACUACUGAGAGUUCUUCUACUCCAGUAACCAGCUCCACUACUGAAAGCUCUUCUACUCCAGCUCCAACUCCAUCCAGCUCCACUACUGAGAGUUCUUCUACUCCAGUAACCAGCUCUACUACUGAAAGCUCUUCUACUCCAGUAACCAGCUCUACCACUGAAAGCUCUUCUACCCCAGCUCCAACUCCAUCCAGCUCCACUACUGAGAGUUCUUCUACUCCAGUAACCAGCUCUACUACUGAAAGCUCUUCUACUCCAGCUCCAACUCCAUCCAGCUCCACUACUGAGAGUUCUUCUACUCCAGUAACCAGCUCUACUACUGAAAGCUCUUCUACUCCAGUAACCAGCUCUACCACUGAAAGCUCUUCUACCCCAGCUCCAACUCCAUCCAGCUCCACUACUGAGAGUUCUUCUACUCCAGUAACCAGCUCUACUACUGAAAGCUCUUCUACUCCAGCUCCAACUCCAUCCAGCUCCACUACUGAGAGUUCUUCUACUCCAGCUCCAACUCCAUCCAGCUCCACUACUGAAAGCUCUUCUACCCCAGCUCCAACUCCAUCCAGCUCCACUACUGAGAGUUCUUCUACUCCAGUAACCAGCUCUACCACCGAAAGUUCUUCUACUCCAGUAACCAGCUCCACUACUGAAAGCUCUUCUACUCCAGCUCCAACUCCAUCCAGCUCCACUACUGAGAGUUCUUCUACUCCAGUAACCAGCUCUACUACUGAAAGCUCUUCUACUCCAGUAACCAGCUCUACCACUGAAAGCUCUUCUACCCCAGCUCCAACUCCAUCCAGCUCCACUACUGAGAGUUCUUCUACUCCAGUAACCAGCUCUACCACUGAAAGCUCUUCUACCCCAGCUCCAACUCCAUCCAGCUCUACUACUGAAAGCUCUUCUACCCCAGCUCCAACUCCAUCCAGCUCUACCACUGAAAGCUCUUCUACCCCAGCUCCAACUCCAUCCAGCUCUACUACUGAGAGUUCUUCUACUCCAGUAACCAGCUCUACCACCGAAAGCUCUUCUACUCCAGUAACCAGCUCUACCACUGAAAGCUCUUCUACCCCAGCUCCAACUCCAUCCAGCUCCACUACUGAGAGUUCUUCUACUCCAGUAACCAGCUCUACUACUGAAAGCUCUUCUACUCCAGCUCCAACUCCAUCCAGCUCUACCACUGAAAGCUCUUCUACCCCAGCUCCAACUCCAUCCAGCUCCACUACUGAAAGCUCUUCUACCCCAGCUCCAACUCCAUCCAGCUCUACUACUGAAAGCUCUUCUACCCCAGCUCCAACUCCAUCUAGUUCUAGUAACAUCACUUCUUCCGCUCCAGCUCCAACUCCAUCUACUCCAGGUAGCAAAAGCUCUACUACCGGUACAACCACCACCCUUUCAUCAUUUUCAUCUCAACAUCCUGGUAGCAGAAGUGAAACCACUGUUUCUUCAACUAUAACCGAUACUACAGUUAUUCCAACUACAACAGUUACUUCUGUUACAACACCAUCGACAACAACUAUCACUACCACUGUUUGUUCAACCGGCACAAACUCCGCCGGUGAGACUACCUCUGGAUGCUCCCCUAAGACUAUAACUACCACAGUUACCUCUGUUACAACGCCAUCAACAACCACAAUCACAACUACUGUUUGUUCAACCGGCACAAACUCCGCCGGUGAAACUACCUCUGGAUGCUCCCCUAAGACUAUAACAACUACUGUUCCAUGUUCGACUGGUUCAAGCAAAACUGCUCCGGAAACUACUACAGGAACUCCUGUGACUACGGUUAUCUCAACUACUGUUGUAACCACUGAAUAUUCCACUGGUACAAAGUCCGGUGGUGAAAUUACAACUGGAUUUGUUACCAAAAACAUCCCAACUACUUACUUAACAACAAUUAUCCCAACGCCAUCAGUUACUACUGUUACCAACUUCACUCCAACCACUAUCACUACUACUGUUUGUUCAACCGGCACAAACUCCGCCGGUGAAACUACCUCUGGAUGCUCCCCUAAGACUAUAACAACUACUGUUCCAUGUUCAACCGGUACUAUUGAAAACACUGCUUCUCCAGCUACUACUCCUGUUACCUCUGCUAUCACAACUACCAUUGUUACCACCGAGUCCUCUACAGGAACUAACUCUGCUGGUGAAACAACAACCGGUUACGCAACCAAGUCCAUCCCAACCACUUACAUAACCACUUUGGCUCCAAGUACACCAGUAACUCCUAUCACUGGGCCUGCUCCAACUACAAUAACCACCACCGAAUGUUCUGCUAGCACAAACGCUGCCGGUGAAGCUACUUCAGUAUGCUAUACCAAGACUAUCGUAAGCUCAGCAAGUGCAGGCGAAAACGCUGCUUCUACAGCUACCGCUCCUGUUACUACUGCUAUUCCUACCACCAUUGUCACCACCGAGUCCUCUACGGGUACUAACUCCGCUGGUGUAACAACAACCGGUUACACAACCAAGUCCAUCCCUACUACUUACAUAACCACUUUGACUCCUGGAACUGCUCCAGCUACGGGUUCAAAUGGUGCCAAGAAUUAUGAAACUGUUGCCACUGCAACUAACCCAGGUUCAAUCAAGACAGGUGUGACAUCUGAAGCUGCUGCAACAGCUUCUGCAUCCGGUGUUGCUCCAGUUAUCACUUCCCCAUCUCUAACCGGACCAAUUCAAUCUGCUUCUGGUUCUGCAGUGGCUACAUACUCUGUUCCUUCUGUUUCAAGUGCUUACCAAGGCGCUGCAAAUAUCAAGGUUCUCGGAAACUUUAUGUGGCUACUAGUGGCUCUUCCAAUUGUAGUUUAA